AUGAAGGUCGCUUACCCCCAUUCACACUCCCUUGAUGAGCUCAAUCCACCUCUACUGUCCCUCAAGAUUGCGCGUCAUUCACCGUGUUCGAUAUGUCACAAUUGUUCGGGGCUGCAUCCACCACCCAAAGUCGACGUAGUGCUCGACGGACAUAACGAUUCGUUGGAUCUUGGACAGUAUGGAUCUGAUGACGAGUUCGAAGAAGUCUCCUCGUACCUUCAAAUUUGUCGUUGUAGCCACAACGUGAAGGAACACAAUGCGGAUGAGGCUGUUCUUGGCAAACUCGAGUUCAAUCGCAGGGCUAGAGUUGCUAUUCGACUCGAUGAAAUCCUUCAGGACUCUGGGCGGCUACUGGACUUCGACUAUACGGACGAAGAUAUAUCUUCUCUGCGUAAACAGAUGGGACAUCCAGUCUCGCAAGUAAGGGUGGCCGUUAACUCAUCUCCGAUCCAGAAGCCGUUAAGCCUAUCUGAGUCUCCAGAUUCCUCGGUUCUCAGUGAUCUGCCGCCAGUACAGCUUGCCAAGAAACGACGCAUCUCACUAUCAUCUCUAAGCGAUGCCGAUGAAAACGACGAUGACGAUGACGAUGAGGAAGACAAACCGCUGGCUGCCAGGAUCACGAUGCCUUCACGUCCUGUUACUGGAAAGAGAACAGGAAAGCAGGCCCCUGGAAAAAAGUCGAAGAAGGCGCACCAUGAUGAGGCGCCGAAAGCAUCUUCCAGUGGCCGAAAAAAUGGUAUUAAUGGUCAUGAUUCAAGAGUCAAGCUUGAGGAUAAGAUGGAUGAAGGUCAACUAAGUCGGUUAGCAGCAGGUGUGCCAGUGGAUGUAGUUGGGCGAUCUUCAGCAGGGCCACCUGUCCGGACAGAAAAACCUUCAGCCAUCGAAAUGCGUAAAGGUCUAAUACAAAUCAUACCAGUUGAAAACGACAGGGAACCUAAAUCCUUGAUAAUCUUAACAAAUCUUAAGACAUUAUUCCAGAAGCAACUUCCGAAGAUGCCACGGGAAUAUAUUGCUCGACUUGUAUACGACGAGAACUCUAAAUCACUCGCCAUCGUCAAGCGUGGUCUCAAAGUCGUUGGCGGAAUAUGCUAUCGCCCAUUCCCACAUCGAGGUUUCGCAGAGAUUGUUUUCUUUGCAACAAAUUCUGCGGAUCAAGAAAAGGGCUACGGUGGAAUGCUCAUGGAUCACUUCAAAGCUCACAUCCGGAAAACAUAUCCGGACAUGUGGCAUUUCCUGACUUACGCUGACAACUACGCCGUCGGCUACUUCGAGAAGCAAGGCUUUUCGAAGGAUAUCUCCCUGGACCGCUCCAAGUGGGCCGGGUAUAUAAAGGACUACGAAGGUGGCACGAUAAUGCAGUGCACGAUGCUGCCUAAGGUCGAUUACUUGAAAAAACCAGCCAUAUUCAAGGCGCAGCAGGAGGCGAUCAUGGUGAAGAUUAGGCAAUCGUCGAAGUCGCAUAUCGUACACCCUGGGUUACCCCAGUUUCAACCUGGUGCUCCACCGAACGUGAUAGUUGACCCAAAGGAUGUUCCGGGCUUAAGGGAAACGGGAUGGACACCAGAGUUUGCUGCAAGCAUGGGCCGAUCAAAUUCGAGGAAUGCAGUGAAGACCCUGAUGGAACAACUAAUAAAUGAAUUGGUGGCAGAACCCAAGGGUUGGGCUUUCCUACAGCCCGUGGACGUCAGCGAUGUCGGAGACUACUAUGACAUUGUGAAGCACCCCAUGGAUUUCUCGACCAUUCAACACAAGAUAUCGACGAACCAGUACAAGACCUUCGAAAUCUUCGUUGAUGAUGUCCAGCUCGUUUUCGACAACUGCCGACUGUAUAAUCCGGAGACCUCGAUAUACGCGAAGAAUGCCAGACACAUGGACCAAUUCUUCAAGAACCUCCUCGCCCAGCAUCUCAAGCAGGAGUCUUGA